CGGCAAAAAUGGCAAAAAUGCCCUUUAAACUUUUCACACACAUUUGAUGGAAUAACUACUGUUAACCUCAACAUAUAAAAAAUCAAACAAUGUUCAGGAUGGACGGAGAUGUAUGGCAUCAGCUGACCUACUUUCUAGUAUUUUGGCAUCUCUACAAACUCUAGAUUUUAACUUUGAAAAAUUGUGGAAUAUUUUCUGAAGAAAGUUUUUGUUCACUUCCUGUUUUGGACAAACAUUCGUGGUAUUCAGGUGAAUUGGCUGGAUUAGUUCUCAAGAUGAAGACCAAGAAAACAGCUCAAAAAGCUGGAAGGAGGCAGUUGAAUACUAGUGUUCCAAAUCAGUAUAAGCCUAUUGCCAAGAAAAGAGUGUUCCUGGACUUGAAGAAUUACAGAGGAAAGGCUGCCUUAGAAGCUGAUCUAGAACUACUGGGAGCUACCAUUGAGAAAUGUUUCAGUAGAGAAGUGAACUUCCUCGUGACAAAUGCUGUAACUCCAAAGGAGGUGAUGUCAUACAGGAAUGCAUCUAGCUCUAAUGCUGCCACCCCUAGUCCAUUUAACAUGGGAGGUGCUACCCCUCUUGGAAUAGACUCCCCCAGCCAGGAUUCACCAAGCAACCCUGAAAACAAAGGACAUGUGACCAGAGGGAGAGUUAUGGCGCAGAAAGCCAGAGUGACACAAAGCAGCUCUGUAAUUGAUAAUGCAAGGAAACUGAAAAUUAAAGUAAUACAUGUCAUUAGUGUUGAGAUAUGGGUUGAGAAAGAAAAAGAAAAGAUUCCUCUAGCUGCAAGACAGAAUAACAAGAAAGAAGUAAAGGAUGAUAAAGUCACUAAAGAGAAAAAGAUGACUGCUCCAUUCGUGAAGUUUGAAGCUACAAAUAAACACUACAAGCCAUACUGCAUGGAGUUCGCCACAUUCCCAUCCCCUAACAUGCAGACCAAGAAAUGGUCAUGCCCCUUUGACCCGAGGGACCAGAAGAAUGUUGUACGUGGUGAGAGAGCCGAGUUAGAAGAGGCUGCUGAAGAAGCCGAUCAUCCUGGUAUGGAUGGAACCAAUAAAAGGGCAAGUGUUAAAGGUGGUGAAAGCUCUGAUGUGUUGGGUAUUGACAAAUUGACAACAGCAGGUCAACUUAAGAACUAUAUGUUAGAGAAACGCAAGGAGGAACAGCGUAAAGGCUACUGUGAAUGCUGUCAACUCAGAUAUGAUGACUUGGAGCAGCACAUACGAGGAGAACAGCACAGGAAGUUUGUUGCCACAGAGGAAAACUUUACAUCCCUUGAUUCUUUAAUACAACAAGGCCCCAACAUGCAACGUUUUUUGGAUGAUGUUCUUCGCUAUCAUACUAUACAUCAAGUUGAAGCAAAGUUAGAGAGUCAUGAAGACAAAGAGGAAAUUGCCCUGCUCACCCCCUACAAAUCCCCUGCUAGAAACAUCAAGUUUGUUGCAUCAAAACAUGCCAAGCAAUCUCCUAAGGGUAAAGGAAAGGAUCAUAAGAAAAGUUAUAAGAGAAGGUUGGAUAUCUCAAAAGACAAUACAAAUAUUGCUGGUCAAUCGAUGGAAGGUCUGACAAGUGAUCAGCCUACUACUUCACAGCAAAGUGCUGGUAAAAAGCCGGACAUUGAGUCAGCCCAUGUAACAAUGAGACUUAAGCCCUCAGUUGAAGAUGAAGAGCUAACAGAAAAAAGAGCAAAGAUCCCAAAUAAAGAGCAGAAAAAUAAACAGUGUCAAAAGGUCACAAAAGAUUGUGAUAAUGCUGUGAGCAACUUUCCCGGCUCUAGUCAACAUAUUAAACCAGAUCGUGCGAAAAGGAAAAAUAGUAUCUCACCAGAAAAACUAAAUACUCCUAAUAAAAGAUCAAAAAGUUCAGGAAAGAGUGCAAAGCCUACCACCCCUCAGUCCCCACCCCAGCGUACCACUAGAUCACAUACAACUCCUAAACAAACCCCAGGAAAAUCAAAAACAGAGAAAAGGAUGCUUAGAUCUUCAGAGAAAAAACAAAGUGCUAAGUGUCUGAAAAUGUCAGUAGAGUCAGUACCCCAUUCGCAUUCAUCAGACCCAAAUGCAACAAUCCCAUUUGGAAAUAAAACUCCCCAGAAAGUGAUAAAUAGAAGACAAGGUGCUCAUAAGGCGGCAGCUUCUUCUAAUGUGGAAGAAGUAUCUUCACAUAAUCAAACUCAAAAUAGAAAAUCAAAUGAUUGGAGGAUCCUUACUGACAGGAGUAUGCAGAAAAUGUUCUGCAGUGAGCGAGAUGAUGUUAACUUUGAGGGUUUUAAGAAUGUGGACACUGAUUUACCUACAGAUCUAAGCUACAAGGAUCUUUCAGAGAUCAGCAUACCUCCAACCUCAAAUUUAAUACCAAUAGCUGUUAAACAAAGCCUUUAUAAGCAAUCUCCAUUGAAAUUUAAAACCAAGGUGGCAACUCCAAUUAAAAGUGAUGAUGUCAUUGAUAUAAUGAAGAUACUUGAUAAAGAUGCAUCAUCUGAAUGGGAUAAUACUGUAGAUAGUUAUCUUGAGGGGCAUAUCAUGAAGGAGACUACUAAAGGGGCAAUAAAUUCAUUCGUUCUCAGAAGUUCAGCGAAGAAAGUUUCAGGUUACAACAUAGUACUCGAUCAAGAAUCUAGCAUUAAAGAAAAUAGGGAAAAAAUACGAAAGCAAGUGUUGCAUAAAUCAAGUCCAGUAAAACAUGGAGCAACAAAGGCUGUUCUUGAAGGAAAAGAUGCACUGAAAGUAAAUACAGCAAGAAGGAGACCUAUCGACGAUGUUGAAGAUAGAGAAAUGGAGGAACAUCUGGAACAACUUCUUGCUGGUGUCCAGAAAGAAGUCCUUGCUAAACCAUUCAAGACAUGGGUGAAAGACAUAGAUGGAAAAGAACAUGAGGAAAGUGAUAGCUCUGUACCAGAAUAUAAGAAAUUCAGCCCUACUGCUGAAUCUACUCCACGUUGUAAGAAUAAACCAUCAAAUGGAGCCACUGAAACUAAACUUAAUGAAUCUUUCAUAGAAGAUCAAAAAACAAUGGUAUCUGACAAGAAACAACAGCAAAAACUGAUUGGUGAAACUAGACAAGAUACAACACCUAGAAAAUGUACUAGAUCAGCCAUAGAGGCAGUACCCCCAAGUCCUGGUUCCCCUAGUAUAGAAGCACAGGUCAUAAUUGAUAAGGACAUUUCCUUCAACUUUGAUAGCCCACAAUCCCACAACAAAUCAAGAUCAAGAUUGAAUUUCAAUACAUCUGGUUUGAAAUCAGCUAAAGAUGAUGAUAUCGAUGAGAAUGAAGUCACAAUCGGUUAUGAUCGAUCUCCUGCUAGAAUUAAGAUGUUGGACCAAGUUAGUGCUGGUAUCCAGGCCCAUCUUACAAGUGGUCCAUCUAGUCCACACACCAAAACACUCAUCUCUUCAUCUAAAUUAGAGGAGAGUGUUCACUCUAAAAGAAGAUCACUACCAAUAGAAAUACCAAUUGGAGCAAUACUAAGCAAGCCUAAUGUGAUGAAACCUACCCCAGAGAACUCCAAGACAACAAAGAAAUUGUUUAAAUCAUUAUCAGAUAGGAAAAAAUGUUACAAACUGGAUCACAUCAAAACACACAUGAACACCACUUCUACAUAUGGGAAAAUAACAAAGGGUUCCCCAAAGAUCAGAUUCAAUUCAAUUGGUUUGAAUAAAACAUGGGGAGGAUUUAAAAGCUCAAGUCAGGGCCAGUCUAGAAGCUUUGUAAAGAAGGUUGGGAAUCCAAAGGUGUUGUCACCUAGAAGGAUAACAAGGCAGAGUCCUCUGAAGCCUCAACUUAGCCCUAAGUGUUCCACACAAGAUGAUGCCAGGAGGUCAAAUACUCCAAAGAAAACCAGUCCAAGAAAGCGACUAGACAUGAAGAGCCCUAGCAAGGGAAAAGUAGAAACCAGCGCAAAGAAACAGCAUAAAAGUAGAAGCCCAUUGAAAGGCAGGAACACCAGGAAGUCCCCUGGUAAAAGUCCAGCAAUGAAAGGGAAACAAGCAGUCAGGAGCUCCUUAAGGAGAGCUCUCCAGGAUUCAAUCUCUGAGUACAGUGGACAUAGCAGCAGUGACUUCAAGGAGCUCAAUAGUAAACAUGCUGACAGUCCCUUGUCUUGCGCUCAGAUCAGCUCUAUCAAAGCAAGAGAUUAUCGUAGAAUUCACAGAACUGUCAACUGGGCUGCAAAAGUGAAUGAUAGUAGUGAUGAGUUCAGAGAUAAGCAAACACCAGUGUAUAAAUCAAAGUCAAAUGGAAAGAGAUUGUCUUUUCAUGAAGGCUCCAGGAGAGCUUUGUCCAGUCAACACAAUGAGAGUAUGCGAAAAACUGAUGAGAAUAUGAAAAAUAUUACCCCAGACAAAGGGCGACUGCGCGAAAGACCUGAACCUAAGAGUGCACCAGCUAAACUAAGACAGUCAAAAUCAGUGAAAAAUGGUAGUCCUAACAAAAAAAGCCCUUCAAAAUCAAAGAAAAGAAAAAGUGAUGUAGCCAAUAUAGAAUUGAAGAAAACACAAGAAAAUAAUUCUCCGGCAAAGCGUAGAGUGACAAGACAUAGUGAGUCUAACCAGCAAAUAAUCGCUGGUAAAGAUACAGUGAAAACACCUUUGGAAAAUACCAGAAAGACUCCCACAAAUAAGAAUGGCAAAAGUCCUACAAAAAUGAAAAGUCCAGCAAAAAGUCCUUCAAGAUCCAGCAAGAGAACACUCAGGAACCAAACCAAAAGAGCUAACAUGUACUAUGAGUUUUCAGAAGGUUCUGAAGAUCCAUUUGACCUUCAUUGACCUGGUUGUUCCAGGAUAAAAUAGGGUAUGAAUUAAAAUUAAUAUGCAAUUUGAAAGGAAUAAACUAAAUGUGUGUGUUAUAUGUGAUCUGGAUAUAAGAAAUACAUGAAGGGAAAUUCAUGAGAUCAUGUGAUAUACAAACAAAACAGAAGACAUAUCUAUUUAUUUAUGAUGGUAAAAAUUAUGUGAUGUAUACACGCUAUGUGAUACAGAAUCUUGGUAUUAUUUUGCUAGAUGACAUCAUCAGGAUGACACACUGACAUCUAAGGCAUCAUAAAAUGUUGAAAUAUUUUAUUUGCCAAAUAUUAUGUGAAUGAUUUUUGUAAAAUAGCCAAGAGAGACGCAAUUCUUUU